AUGGCAAACAACAAAUCAACAGCAUCUGUUCAAACCAAUACCCAAGCUAAUGCUAAACACGUAUCAAACUUUUCCAAGGAUGCAGUUGAAAAUCGAUGUAUUAACAUGCAAAGAGUGCAAAAUCUUCUCCUUAUUUGGUUGCACAACAAUAUUCAUAACAAUAAUGUUGAUUGUAAUAAUACAAUCAAACAAUUAAAACGUGUAGUUAACAACGUAAAUACGUUUACUGAUGGUAAUCAAUGUAUUGAAUUUAUUCAAACCAUUACCAAGAACAAAAUAUGUAUGAUUGUGUCUGAUUCACUUGGUAAACAUAUUAUGCCUCACAUACAUGAUAUGUAUCAAGUAGAGACCAUUUUCAUUUUUUCUAACCACCGACGAUGGCGAAAACGAUCGGCUAAACAAUGGUCUAAAAUAAAAGGAAUCUUCACAGAUAUAACAUCAGUUUGUGAAGCUCUUAAACAAGUUGCUUACCAAUGUGAGCAAAAUUCCACCUCAAUUAGCUUUGUAGCAUCAACCAAAAACUUGGAUGACUUGGAUCCAGCCUUUAUGUAUACUCAGAUCUUGAAAGAGAUCUUAUUAACCAUCAACUUCGAAGACAAAAAUUUGAAAGAAUUUAUUACUUAUUGUCGUGAUGUAUAUGAUGAUGAUGAAAAUGAAUUAAAAAAUGUUCAUGAAUUACAAACAACAUACAAAUACAACAUACCUAUAUGGUGGUAUACAUGGGAUGCAUUUUUAUAUCGUAUGCUUAAUUGUGCAUUAAGAUCAAUGAAUUUUGAUAUUAUUGUUCGAAUGGGCUUCUUUAUUUAUGAUCUACAUCGUGAUAUUCAACGACUCCAUUCGGAACAAUUUGAUGGCGAUCAAUCAGGCCAAAUAUUUACAGUUUAUCGUGGACAAGGCCUUUCGAAAGACGAUUUCACUAAAAUGACAAAUACUAAAGGUGGAUUUCUUUCCUUUAAUAACUUUUUAUCAACUAGUAAAAAUCAUGAUGUUUCGCUUAAUCUCGCGCAACAAGCAGCUACAAAUCCUGAUCUUGUUGGAAUUCUAUUUGUUAUGUCCAUUAAUCCUACAGAUUUAAUAAUUCCAUUUGCUUCCGUUACAGAUGUUAGUUAUUUUCAUAUGGAAGAUGAAGUUCUCUUCUCUAUACAUACUAUUUUUCGCGUUGAAGAUAUUAAACCAAUGGAUGGAAACAAGCAUCUGUAUCAAGUAAAAUUAACAUUGACCAGCGACAACGACCAAGAUCUUCGUACUCUUGCUCAUCGUGUACGACAAGAGACCUUCCCAAGUUCGAUAGGAUGGUAUAGAUUAGGAUUACUGCUAGAGAAAAUGGGUCAGUUCAGUAAAGCUCAAGAAUUUUAUGAAGUUUUACUUCAUCAAACAACGUAUGAAAGUGACAAGGCACCUAUUUAUAUUCGACUAGGUCAGAUCAAAUAUAAUCAAGGAGAAUAUCAAGAAGCACUUACAUAUUAUGAAAAAACGCUUCUUUCUAAUCAUUCUGAUUUGGAUGUUUCCUAUAAUAACAUCGGUUUGGUAUAUUACAACAUGAGUGAUUAUCCAAAAGCACUUUUAUUUCAUGAAAAAGCUCUUACAAUUCGACAACAAUCACUUCCUUCCAAUCAUCCUGAUUUAGCUUCUUCCUACAAAGAUACCGCUAACGUGUACUGCAGUAUGGCUGAUUAUCCGAAAGCACUUUCUUAUUAUGAGAAAGCUCUUGCAAUUCGAGAACAAUCGCUUCCUCCCAAUCAUCCCGACUUGGCUUCUUCCUACAUGGACAUCGGUAUUGUGUAUUACAGUAUGGGUGAUUAUCCAAAAGCACUUUUAUUUCAUAAAAAAGCCCUUAUAAUUCGAGAACAAUCACUUCCUUUCGAUCAUCCUGAUUUGGCUACUUCCUGCAUAAAUACCGCUAACGUGUACUACAGUAUGGCUGAUUAUCCGAAAGCACUCUCUUAUUAUGAAAAAUCUCUUGAAAUUCGACAGCAAUCACUUGCUCCCAAUCAUCCUGAUUUGGCUUCUUCCUAUAAUAACAUCGCACUUUCAUCUCAUGAGAAAGCUGUUGCAAGUCGACAACAAUCACUUCCUUCCAAUCAUCCUGAUUUGGGUGCUUCUUAUAACAACAUCGGUGCAGUACAUGAGAAUAUGGGCAACUAUGCAGACGCUCAUGCAGUUUAUGAACGUGCUGUUCAAAACGUACUACAAUCAUUGCCAUCAAAUCAUUCAAGUCGUCAACAAUGGAGAAAAAACCUCGAACGCAUAAAAAAGGGAUUAUAA